UCCAUUGUAUCUUUGCAAAAUCCAGUGGUUUCGAUUUUGUAUGAUCAAAGGUGUUUUACGUUGUCUUCAACAAUGCCGAGCAGAUUUGGUGGAGCCGUGACUCAGGACUGGGAGCCCGUGGUGCUACACAAGUCGAAGCCCAAGGCCCAAGAGCUACGCGAUCCGAAGGCAGUGAACCAGGCGCUGAGGUCGGGGGCACCGGUCCAGACUAUCAAGAAAUUCGAUGCUGGUUCGAACAAGAAAACCGAGGGGCCGGUGUUGAACCCGAGGAAGCUUGAUGAAGGGACGGAACCGGCGGCUAUAGACCGGGUCUCGGCGGACGUUAGGCAGGCGAUACAGAAGGCGCGGCUGGAGAAGAAUCAAGCUGAGUUGGCUAAGCUGAUAAACGAGCAGCCUAAGGUGGUUCAGGAGUACGAGAAUGGGAAGGCGGUGCCGAACCAAGCCGUGCUGGCUAAGAUGGAGAGGGUUCUUGGGGUGAAAUUGAGGGGGAAGAUCGGGAAGUAAUGUGAGACAACGUAUGUGUCUUGUGCUUUGAACAUAUAUGCGUUUGUUUGUGGUUUGGAUUUCAAUGAUGGAAACCAACUUGUACUAAUCGUUGUGAAGUUGUAGAAAAGUGUUCAAUUUCCAGUGUUCUUGUGCGAAAUUUUCA